GAGAUGCAUAGGGAUCAGAGUUGUAGUUCACCACGAACACCGAGAGCUCGGCAAAGAAGACGCUCAAACGAGAUUCCUUCCGAGAUAAUCAGGUCGGAUGGAAGCCAAUUGUUACUUGUCGAUGAUCAAUUCAAAUAUAGGUCAAUGUGGGUACGUGCACACUCAUCUCUGUGGAUGCUUGUGGGUGUUGCAGCUGCGAUAUACUUGGGUCAUCUUUACAUCUGUGCGAUGGUUGUUGUUGUCCAAAUAUUUAUGGCAAGUGAGCUCUUCAAUCUCCUGAGAAUAGUUCAUCAAGAUAGACGCCUCCCCAGAUUUAGGCUCUUGAACUGGCAUUUUUUCUUCACAGCAAUGCUCUAUGUAUAUGGCCGAAUACUCCGCCAACAGCUUGUAAAAACAGUGACAUCAGAUAAAUUCUUCUAUAGACUUGUGAGCAGCCUGAUCAAAUAUCAGAUGGCUAUAUGUUAUUUCUUAUAUAUUGCAGGUUUUGUAUGGUUUAUACUUUCACUGAAGAAAAAGACAUACAAGUAUCAAUUUGGCCAGUAUGCAUGGACGCACAUGAUACUUAUUGUGGUGUUUACCCAAUCUGCUUUUAUUGUCGCCAAUAUAUUUGAAGGGAUAUUCUGGUUUCUCUUCCCCGCAUUACUUAUUGCCGUCAAUGAUGUUGCUGCAUAUUUCUUUGGUUUCUUUUUUGGGAAAACACCUCUGAUCAAGUUAUCUCCAAAGAAAACAUGGGAGGGUUUCAUCGGAGCAUCUGUUGCCACCAUGAUUGCUUCAUUUACAUUUGCGAACAUUUUGGGCAGCUUCCAGUGGCUAACAUGUCCAAGGAAGGAUUUAUCUACUGGUUGGCUUCAGUGUGACCUUGAUCCACAUUUUAUGCCUGAGUAUUACUCCUUACCAAGAUUAAUUUCUUUUUGGUUUCCUUGGAAAGAGGUAGCAAUUUUGCCAGUACAAUGGCAUGCCUUGUGGCUCGGACUAUUUGCUUCCAUCAUAGCACCAUUUGGAGGAUUUUUUGCCAGUGGUUUUAAAAGAGCUUUUAAAAUCAAGGACUUUGGUGCUAGUAUACCAGGACAUGGCGGAUUCACUGACCGAAUGGACUGCCAGAUGGUAAUGGCUGUUUUUGUGUACAUCUACCAUCAAUCAUUUGUUGUCCCCGAAGACUAUUCAGUCGACAUGUUUCUGGAUCAGAUAACUAGGAACCUUUCAUUUGAGGAGCAGCAGGCUCUUUAUGGAAAGCUUGGGCAGAUAUUAAGUGAAGGGCAUUUUAUCUAA